AGCCGAUCAGCACAAAAACAGGCGGUGGAGGCGGCGGCGGCGGAGCCUUUUAUUCUCUCCGCGCCCUAUACGUUCCUCGACAGCUGGGGCGGCGCGGCUUCACAUAAAGACAACACGCGGAAACGAGUCGCCGACCUGCGAGCCGAGAGAUACAAGCGUCGAAAAACAACUGUCCGCCGGGGAAAGCAGGAGGAACGCUCAUACUGCGUGGCUAUACGCCUCGGUUGCAACCCUUCUUCUUCAUCGCGAGAGACGGGACAGGAGGACGCGCCACGGUCGCAAGCGGCGAACUAAAGACGACGGGAGAUAGACGGCUACAGACACGACGAGGAAGCCUCGGGAGUCAGUGAGCCGCCCUUCUGCUGCGGCGAAGCCUCUCGUACUGGUGGCACCGUGGUUUACCGCGUGGAGCAGGCAGCCGGUGUGUGCGUUUGUUGUGCGUGAGCAGUGUUUCCCUCCGUUGCAAGCGAGCCGAGGAAGAAAGACGUCUACGCGCGGGCCUGUCAAACGUGAACCGGGGGUGCCACGGUUGUGUUUUGUGUGCUCUCUGCCGUGCUGCGACCUCGUGCGUUCCGUGCCUGGGAAGGGAGCCAGACGCAUGGCCUGCGCUGUGAAAACCAGCCGCACGCGGACAGAUUGAGCGACCCGGCCCCUGCGGCCAGCCCGUUUUUCGUGCCGCUGAAAAGAACGGCGCGCCACGUCUUCAGCGCUGCGUGCUCCCCUUCACUGGGACCAAACGCCCUUCUCAUGUUUCUUCGCUGUGCAAGCGGCAAGCGCAUGGCAGUUGUGGGUCGGCCGCAGCUGCAGGCUGUUCAGCGCCACGAAGCUCACGAGUGGCCCGGCGGGCUCGUCGAGAAAGUUAUGACCGAGCCUCCAAGCCUGACCUUAGUCUCGCCGAGCCUAUCGUCUACUGCGCCGUUCUCUUACGUUGAGCAGCCGACCCUUUCGUUAUCGGAAUUUGGUCAGAUGAUGGACAUCAAGGCCGAAGUGCACCGGUGGAACCCCGAGGUACACCGGAGCCCCGUGCUGGGACCCGGUCCCGGCAGCGGUCCCGUGCCCAUGAUGACUCCAGCCGCCCUGAGCCACUCUGGUCCCGAGUGCGCGGGCUGCCAGAAGCCCAUACGCGAGCGGUUCCUACUCAAGGCGCUGGACCAACUGUGGCACGAGGACUGCCUCAAGUGCGCAUGCUGCGACUGCCGCCUCGGAGAGGUCGGCUCCACCCUCUUCACCAAGGCCAACCUCAUACUCUGCAAGAGGGACUACCUUAGGUUAUUUGGCACAACCGGACUGUGCUCAGCAUGCAGCAAAGCUAUCCCAGCGUUCGAGAUGGUCAUGAGAGCCAGGGGAAACGUGUACCACCUCGAGUGCUUCGCCUGCCAGCAAUGCAACCACAGGUUCUGCGUGGGCGAUCGCUUCUACCUGCACGACAACCGCAUCCUCUGCGAGUACGAUUACGAGGAGCGGGCCCUGAUGGCUGGGGUGCCGCCGCCUUUCUACGCCACGGGUCCCGGUGGCCCUGUCGCUGGCGGUCCCGGCGGCUUAGCGGCGGCGCUCAGCCACCAGCAGGCCAACAACCCGCUCCCGGUAAAGCGUCAGGGGCAACAGCAGCAGCAGCAGCAACAACAACAACAACAACAACAACAGACCCCGCAGCAGCAGACGGCCAUGCCUCAGUCGCAGCCCCCAUCGCAGCAGCAGCAGCAGCAACAGCAGCAGCAACAACAGCCCCAGCCACCUCAGCAACAGCCGCACUCCGUCGACGAGCCGACCAGGGACGACCGCUCGAGCGGUUACGGCAGCGGGGACUCACCGUACGACGGUCGGUAGCUAUGGCGACCCCCAGCGCCGACCAUGAUGUGCGCUGCGCGCCCUUUUUUCGGUAAUGGCGCAACCAAGAAGCGGAAGACCAAGAGGUAGAUGCUUCCGCGAAUGGCGGGAAACUCAGCCAUGCCUGGGAUCGACGAGUGCUGUGGGCGGCCGAACGGUGGAAAAAGCGUGCUGCCCCCACUCAUUUCUUUCUAUUUUUUUUUUCCUGAAGCCAUCACGUUCGCCCGUUGUGACAGUCUCGUUCUGCGAACGCUGAGCCAAGGAAGCUUCGGAUGGCCUCGCCUGCUUCACUGUGAGACGAGCCAGGAUGGUGCGAUUCUAGGACGAUGAAUCGUGCUGUGGUUCUUCAUUAGUGGGAUGACAGUGUAAUAUACAAAGAAAGAAAACGAGGAGUGGCUCGUUUUCACGAAGGAUUGCGAAGGUUACAGCUGUGUUUGUUUCGCGUUGCCUCAGUGCUGCUGUACACUUUGGCCUUACCUGUGCGCUUUUCAUUUGAGUGUCACUGAAGAGCGUGGCUUCACAUUGACUAAGCGAAACUCAGAUGAUACUUUAGACUUGCUUUCUUUUUCCUGUGUGACUUAUUUAUUUUCUUGCGAGAGAUAUAAGUUUCUAAAUUAGCCCCGAUCUUUCCUGUAUUUUUUUCUCUAAUAUUUAUUCAUUAAAGAUGGGUCAUUUGGCUUGUUAACUCAGUGUGGUGGAACCCCGUCGCAGCAAAUCCGCUCGUGGUAAGCAUCAGUCCCUGUUUGUUCUUUGUAUAUGUUACCAGGGAAAAAUAGUCUGCACAGCUCACUCAGCUAGAGCGCUAACAAAAAGCAGACCUAAACGCAAUGGCAAACGCAGAUAGAGUCAAUAGAGAGUUUUAGAUUAGGGGGACGCAAGAGUUGGGGACCCCUAGCACUUAGGGCCGCGAUACUGCGCACGCGCAUACCGAUCUGCGCGUGCGCAGUACCGCCACCCCAAGCGCUAGGGGGCCCCUAUGUUGCGUCCCCCUAAUAUAAAACUCUCUAAUCUCCUAUGUUCCUUCUUAGCGUUAUGAGGACUCGUGGCUGAAGUAAGAGUUUUUAGUGAUUUGUUUCUAGCGAAAAUGCCGCUGUAACGCAUACUUAGCUUCCUCCCAGCUUGUUUGCUGUAAUGGGGUUCUAGUUUAGUUUUCUAAUUACAAGGCCGCAGUAAAUGGAAUGUGUAUAUUUGUUCAUUGUUUUCUGAUUACAUGAAAUUCGUGGGCGACCAACGUUUCUUUAGUUCUUUUCUUUCUUUCUUUUUUUAGUUUCUUUUUUUUUUGCCUCUUGACCUUGCGACCUGUAAGCAAAACAAGGUGCUUCGAAACCACUUGUAUUAGCAUCUCUUCUCUGUCUUUGUGUGCUGAAUUCUAAAAUGACAUUGCUUUCAAAGAUGGCUUUUGGAUUUGGCUGUCGCAUGAAUGACGAGUACUUAAGGCAAGGUCGCAGUGAUGACUUGGUUGUAAAUACGGAAACACCAAAAAACCGCUACUCUUUGUCCACAUCGUCUCUCACGGUUCAAGAACUCUUGCCUCCCACCACGCAUCCCUCCACGAGUGCGCCCAAUUUGUGAUGAAACCCUUCUCACAUUCGCGACGGAUCGUCGACACCUGUUUGCAGUAAACAACUCUUGGACCUGUCUGUGUUGUGUGACGAAAAUAUGUAGCCUGUGCUUUGCAAGUCAGCCAUCGCUACUGGAAUUAUUGACACGCCUGCCUCAGACUGUGAGUGUGUGACACCCGCACCUCGUGGACAACGUCGACACGUGUUGGACAGCAACAACGUUAAAAAAAAAAAAAAAAAAAAAAAAAAAACUACUGGAGAAGCUGUCACCGGCUUGCAUUGUGAGGACUAGUCCAGAGCUUUGUGGAGCUUUGUGGAUCUGGCUUUGUGGAGCAUAUGUUGUCGCCCAGAGUGCAAAAAUGGCUUUCUUAUUUUGUUUGUUGAUGAAGAGCAGCUCGUGUAUUUAUCUUGUUUCGCGGGUUCUAUUACAAGCAAAACCAAAACGUGUAUCACGCGAUAAUUUCUCUUAUCUUCAAAAAAAAAAAAAGAUCGUGUAAUAGAGGGCGUGAUUAGGCUCCCCCUUUUUCGCACCCUAGUAAGUCCUUUACUUGUCCAAACCGGGGAUAGGUUUGUUUAUUUAUUCAACUUUUUCUCACACUCGAAGCUCCUGACGCUAAAGUUUCUAUGGGCAUUAUGUUUAGUGAGUACAGAGAAGAAAGUACGAGGGCCUCUGUCACUCGAUCGAGCACGUGUACGUGUGGGCAUUGACGAGAGAAGGGAGCGUAAAGGCCACUUUCACGAAAGAAAACGUCCCCCUGUAAAUUGCGCGCGCUUUGAGUGCGAUGUGCGGUUUCUUUUACGCUGCCCGCUUUCUGCACCCUGUAACGAAGGGAGAAAAAAAGAAAUGGGUGCCUUGUGAGAAAUGUCUUGUACAUAUUGUACACUCUUUGUUCAUUGUGCUAAGGGAAAUUUCCUCUGUUGGCCGGACUAUCCUUUCCCGCACUUGUUUGUUCCUGGUGUGUCGGCUGCGUGCGCGCGUGUGUUUGUGUGUGCGUCUGCGUGUGUGUGUGUGCGUGUGUGCGCGGCCGCAGAGAAGAUGGCGUCGGAUGUAAUCGCACAAACUGGUCACGGUUAUGCCUAGCUAUUGAACGCGCAUUUCGCGACGGCAUUAUCGUCCGUAACUUUGAAAAAUGAACACACCAAAGACGUGCCACUAUAGUUAAUGUCGUGCGAUAACGGUCAGAUGCUGGGUCCCUAAAUUGGCGCUCUGACUACUUGCGCAUUUGAGAGCAGCGGACAGCCUGCCUAUUCGGAGACACUUAAACUAAAAGCGUUUUUUUUUCCGUUUCCUUUUUUUCCUAUUAUUACAAUCCUCUUAGAUUAUUUCUUUAUAUUUAUGGGGGUUUUGUUUUCGUCGAUAACGUUGCUCUCAAAAGUCACGUGGCGCAAGAAAAAUAAUUAAAGUAAUAUUGUGUCGUUUCGGCUAAGUGGUACUGACCGUACGGACAGACGUGCAAUAAUCUCAAGUCAAGCAGUUACUAGUCAAGAGGCAUUCCUAACGGUCGCGCACUCUCUUGAAGCACUGUAAAUUUAAAUGAAAUGCUAGAAAAUUUUGUCCGUCCCGUGUAACCAGGUAAACACGAAGAAACGUAGUUAUAGGAGGCAAAAUGUCGACUGUAAUAUGUAUCAGUCAGACUUAAAUUUGCGUCACCAGCUAUGCCUACACAAACCCCGAGCGAACAUAAAUUCCGAGUUGGUCCCGACGUAGAUUUGUCAGCCUAUUGCGGCAAAGCAAUUCACUUUAAACGCUAGAAGAAAAUUCAAGAGUAAACCUCGAGAUUAAGAAUCCCAAGAAGUAAAUUCAGUGGAGACUCCCAGGAUGAAUUAAUGACAACUGCUGUUUGAUUGAUGCAACUGAUGCGACCAAUUUAUGGUGCAGCCGCUAAAUAAGAAUGCCGCGACAGAUUUUGUACUUUAUUUUCUUCCUGCCCGAGCACGGGGAUCGUGCACGACACGGGUAACAAUUUGUACGCGAAAAGAACCUGGGGAUGCGCAAGUGCUUUAUCUUCAUGACGGCCAACUGUUUUGAAUGGGGUGUUCACGUGAGAUCUAGUUCAUUCACCUACACAUUGUUGUGCUUUGCUCGGAUCAGUGCACACGGGCAUCAAAUUCACAGCGUUGAGAGUGCUGUCUGUUUCCCUCCAAAGUGCAGUGAUUGACCAUGUUUUCUCUUUUUUUGAAUAUAAUAUAAUGCUACUUCCCAAUUUGUC